AUGUCCCAGCUUGAAAUCCCAGAACUCAAACAAUUUUUAGAGAAGCUAUCCCUUGAUGGAAAGUACGAAUUAUUCCUCGCUAAUGGAAUAAAGCAAGUUGAACAUUUAAGGGAUAUCCAAGAAUCAGAUAUCACUUUACUGGAAUUAACUGUUUUUGAAUGGCGAAGACUUCAGCGAGAGACACAACAAACAUUGGAGGACACCACUCGGAGUGUAAAAAAGACAAGUAUUCCAGCGUACAAGACAUCAACAGCUUCAAAAGUUAUUUCUUUGCCUAAAGCAUUUAAAAAUUUCUUUGAAACGAAAGAUGGGCAAGGAAACAUUGUAGUUUCUACAGAACCGCUGAAGAGGAAGUUCAAAGACCUUUGGUACGAAAAUCCAUGUACACCAGCUCAAGAAUUCUCCAAUUCAAUAACUUUGCAAAUGGCUGAACAGCAAAUGCAACAUGAAAAGCGAAAGAGAGAUUGUGAACUGUGGUGCCGAAAGCAACGGGCAAAGCGCAUUUAUUUCUUGUUGGCAACAACAGAACAACCUCUGGUAUUCAAUACAUGGACUCAUUAUUUUAAAAACCAAAGCAUCAUGGGAAAAAUGGGUUUGAUCAAAGAGCAAUAUCCGACACUGGCUACUUUCAUCGAUGAUCUUGGAAAUGAUGCAGUUGACAAUGUAUCUAUACCUGCAUUGGCUAUGUACGAUACACUUUGCCAGGUUGUUGGGAAGCUAGAAGAGGUCUCUACUUUCUGUGAUACUGCCAUUGGAAAGUGUGAGGAGGAAAUUUCUAGUUGUUUAAUAAAUACAGAUGGUCAGCCAAAGAGAG